AUGGCGCUGCUGGGGAAGGCGCAGCAGGCCCUCCAGGAGCAGUACCGCCUGGGUUCGCUGCUGGGCCACGGCGGCUUCGGCAGCGUCUGGGCGGCCACACGGCUCUCAGACCGUGCCCCGGUGGCCAUCAAAAGGGUGCCACGGAACCGUGUCCGGCAUUGGGGUGAGCUGCCCAACGGCACCAGCGCACCACUGGAGAUCGUGCUGCUGCACAAGGUCUCCACUGGCUUCCCUGGUGUCGUCCAGCUGCUGGAGUGGCUGGAGCUCCCCAAAGACAUCAUUAUCAUCAUGGAGCGCCCGGAGCGUUCUCAGGACCUCCAGCAUUUCAUUCGGGCACGGCGGUUCCUGUGCGAGGAGGUGGCGCGGGAGCUGUUCCGCCAGGUGCUGGAGGCCGUGCGGCACUGCACCAGCUGCGGGGUCCUGCACCGCGACCUCAAGCCAGGGAACAUCCUGCUUGACCUGGCCACCGGGCAGGCCAAAUUGAUCGAUUUUGGCUGUGGCACCUACCUACAAGACACAGCCUAUACUCACUUUGCAGGAACACCAUCAUACAGCCCCCCGGAAUGGAACCACUUUGGCUGGUACUAUGGACAGCCAGCUACCGUCUGGUCCCUGGGCAUCCUGCUGCACCAGAUGGUGUGUGGGGAGCACCCUUUCAGGAGGGGCCACAAGAUCAGCUGGGACCAUCAGCUCUCGCUGCCACCACGGCUCUCUCAAGAGUGCCAAGAUGUCAUCCGGCGGUGUUUAUCCAUGCUGGAUGUGGACCGGCCUUCAAAUCUGACUCAGACGGAGACAGUUCUGAACCCGACGUUCGUCGUGCACCACAGCCGCAAGAAAAAUAGUUCGGUACCCGAGGCGCGGCAGCGCGUGCGAUUUUUCUGGCAAGGACUGGCCGAGGAGGCCAGAGACGCCGAGCACGUGGCUCAGGAGAGCACGCGGCCGGCACCGCCACCGUACAGGUUUGAAAAUGGCGCCGGCGACAGCGGGGAGGGGCGGGGUCUGAACGUUUGUGGUGGGGAGAGCCCGGAGCCGUAG